UUCCUUGCUUAAUAUGACCAACGGCGAACAUGUGUAUGUGGCAAUUAUUCCAUUUCGCAAUGGCCUGUAUGAUAUCAACUGGAAAUGCAAUAACACCGACGAUGAGGCAGCACGAUCGGCUUUCCGUUCUGUGCUCAUUAUUGAGCCCGAUGUGUCCGUGUACGGAGAGGCUAAUGGAACGUACGCACUUGGAUUCGCCGAUUUAAUGAUUGACUUAUCCCGGCGCGUUUAUAACUAUACGUACCAACCCGGUGAAUACGUAUCGCCGCAUGUAAUCUCCACAUACGCGUCCGUAGUGAUUUUUGCUCAGGUCAUGAAUGAAAUCUAUUCAAACCCGGCAAUAGCGGUCAGUGGAUCGGGCCGAUCACUAGUCAAGCACUUUUUGAAUCGAACCUUUCAAACAUCCAUCACAAAUGCGACCAUCAAUGAGUUUGGUGAACGAAUGCCGAUCUGGGUGGUUAAUCAGUUCGAUACAAAUACCGGAGAAUUGCGGACGGUGAUGCAGUUUGAUCCGGACAAUCCAAACACCACCAUGGUUACGCCCAUUCAAUGGCCAAGAGAAUGGCCACCUGAUGACGAGCCAGACUGCGGAUUCCGGGGAGAUCGGUCGCAUUGCGUGUCGAUCGGAAGCCCAGCUCUCACCGCAGUAGCCAACGCCGCCGCCAUAUUAAUAAUCUGCGUAGCGGUCGCAGUUUCUUUGUGUAUCUGGAGGAGAAUGAGGACGAAUCAGCGAAAAUCCAAAUGGUGGAUUUUGGAUUGUCGUCAUUUAAACUGGGACGGGAUAUAUGUCAGUGGCCAGGUGAAUCACCCGGGAAAAUCAGGAACAUACGGAGAAUACAUGGUCUGGAUAACACCAGUCUCCGCAAGGUUGCGACAUCUCAGCAUACCAAACAUCAAUCGCUUCUUUGGCGUGUGCUAUACGAACGAGAAAGAAAUGGUAUUCGUUAGUGCAUACUGUUCACGGGGAUCUCUUUGUGACCUGGUGCAACGCUUGCGUCUCGACAAGGACUUUCAGUUUUCCCUAAUCCAAGAUCUACUUCAGGGCCUGACUGCUGUUCAUCAAUCUCCACUACGAGCCCACGGUUCCUUAUCCAGCCAUAAUUGCCUCAUUGACAACCGGUUCACCCUAAAUCUGGGCAGUCUAGCAUAUCCACGGCUACGCUCAGCACUAAUCAAUCUGGACUGUGUACUAACCAGGUCCACCGAAAUGCCUGUUGGAUUCCACCAAGCAGAACCGUUAGGCGAUCCUCGCUCGGACAUUCAUGCAGUCGGCCUGAUUAUGGCCCACAUAAUCCUGCAAAAGGAGGUAACCUAUGCCAGCCUUCUUGAAGUUUUAGAGAACCCGUUUGAGCGAGUCGAUCCCGUUGAUAUUAUGAUGCCGAUUAUUGGAGAGUGCUUAAGAACGAGCGCAGCAGAACCGCCGGAUAUUCACGCCGUAGCGAAGAUGUUUCGCCGAGCCACGGGUUACUACGGAAAUGAGAAUCUGAUGGAGCGUAUUGCGCGGCGAUUAGAACGCUACACAACCGAACUGGAUGCGCUAGUCACCGUUCGUAAUUUAGCAUUGAUUGAGGAAAAGAAGAAAUGCGAUGCGUUGUUACUGCAAAUGCUUCCAAAGGAUAUUGUCGCCGAGCUAAGGAAAGGGUCGUCGGUAAACCCGGAAACCUUCGACUCCGUGACGGUCAUGUUUAGCGAUAUUGGCAGAUUUUCUGAAUUUGUGUUAGUCCAUUCACCUUCGGAUAUAAUGACCUUUCUCAACGAAGUAUAUUCCGUUUUCGAUUUGGUGCUUCCGCGUUUCGAUGCAUACAAAGUGGAGACGAUAAAAGAUUCGUACAUGGUUGUUAGUGGUCUUCCUAAACGCAAUGGAAGCGCACAUGCCCAGGAACUGGGUUUGCUUGCCCAGACGUUAAUCCAUUCCUAUUCGAAAUUCACAAAGACUUCCGAGACCGCGCUGCGUGUCGGUCUACAUAGUGGCUCCUGUGUGGCGGGGAUUGUCGGAAACAAGACACCGCGCUAUUGCCUGUUUGGAGACACAGUCAACACGGCUUCCCGCAUGCUGUUAUACAGCCAGGAUGACCAUAUCCAUCUGAGCUGUGCCACCGUUGAUCUGCUGACAAGCGCUGCGGAAUUCGUUCUAGUUGAACGCGGCUUUGUCGAUGUGAAAGGGAAGGGAAAUGUUCGAACAUUCUGGCUGCAAUACGACCCCAAAUUCGGCCUGGAGUCUCAGUUAAAUUGCUAAUUGUUUUUUUUUUGCCGGAAGUCACAGAACAGUUCUGAUACUCGUUUACCUCCCCAUUAUGGCGCGGGCUGGAAAAAUAGAAGAAAACAUUUUUUUUUCUAUAACAGCAUAAA